AUGAUUGAGCCGAGUUUGCAAGUGGGGCAAACGGGGAAAAUCAUUCGACCUGCACUGUAUGUGGGUUGUGGCGUGAGCGGAUCCAUUCAGCACCAAGCUGGAAUGAAGGAGUCGCAGACGAUCGUGUGUAUUAAUAAAGAUCCGGAAGCUCCUCUUUUUAAGAUUGCGGACUAUGGGAUUGUGGGUGAUAUGCAUCAGAUUGUUCCGGAAAUUCUGUCUAAACUGUAA